AUGGACAGUCCACUCAUUUCCCCAGCUAAAGCCCGCCAAGCUGCGAUCCAAACCAAGGACUGGGCGUACGUUAACACCUGGCUAAAUCGACAAUACGCGCCCAAACCCGUCCCAGCAUUCGAGCGCAAUGAUGACACCCUCCGUGUACUUCUAGCCCUGGCAGCAGCCAAUGAGGCCGCGGAUGAGGAGGUCUCUUUACAACAGCAAGCUCGUGAGGAAGCACUUCAGGCAUACAAAUCGCGAGAAGAGUUCCAGCGCAAAGACCCACACGAGCAGCAAAAAGCGCAAAUCCUCGAUGAGGUCGAGAUGUGUCUUGAUGAUAGAGGAAGGCGGGACCUUAACGAUCUCGCCGAAUCGGCGGCAGCUCUUGGCAAUACAUUAAACCCGAAUCCGGGUGAUCUGGGGCAGUCAAUUGUGGAGCUCACUGUGGAGGAAUUCGAGGCUCAAGAACAGAUUGCGAAAGUCGACACACUGCAUCGGUAUUUGCAACAAGAGCUAUCUCGACUACAGACGGAGUUCGACGAGCUCAGGUCCAAUGUGGCAUAUGAGACACCGGCCAAUACACAAAAGUUGACGUCGGAAUGGACGCGUGGUACAAAAACGCUUGCUAUCAAGGUCGCGGAGUACCAAGACCGCAUUGCCUCAUUGGAAAAGGUCCAGUCAAAGGGGCCAAACAUCGAAGAGCUAGUGGCAGAAGAAGAAAAGGUCAUCAAGAUGCGAGAGAUGGUCCGGUCCUUGCAAGGCCGUGUGAGAGCUUUCCGGGAGCUUCCCAAGAACAUCCCAGCAGCGCGAGCAAAGUGCAAAGACUUGGAGAACGAGCUUGGUCGACUCACGCAACAGCGAGACUCGAUGCUUGGUAGCUUGGAUGCGCGACAUUGA